AUGGUAUUUGGUGGUCGCUUCGACUCCAUUAACUUUGACUGGAGCCUAGAUGGAGUUGGUCUGGAAACCAAGGAAACCCAUGAGCACCUUGGAGUACCAAUAUCAAACAAGUUGUUAUGUUCCCACAAAAUAGAGAAAAGCUGUAGAAAAGGACGCGCAUCACUCUUCUCUAUACUUGGGAUCGGCAACAAUGACAGAAAACAUUUCGUGUAUGAUUGCUCAGGUGACGUGGUGGUCCAGGUAUUCACAAUCAUGAAUGCUUUUAUCCUUUUACUGUCUUCAUGGAUUUCUCUUUCAGCAGCCAUUUUACCAGGGUUUAUACAGAAUCACAUUGGUAAACGGCAGCAACAAGGGUCUGUGUUUACUAUGAAGAGUUAUCUACCGAUGGAGUCAGCGACACCUCCAGCACCUGGGUCUGUCUUUGACAACAUGAAGAAUUUUCAACCGGGGCCGCCAGGGGAUUCGGUGACACAACCAGUGACGCCAGCGCUUCGUGGUACCAUAGGUUUAGCUCCGAAACCAGCAAUAACUCAGCCACCCCCGCCUGACAAAGAGGAGAAACGAGUGGGAGAUUGGUUUAUGGUCUAUAGGGCUCAAGCAGAGAAUGAACGUGAAGUGGCUUUCUCGUUCGUUCAUCCCUUUGGCACCAAUGAAUUCAACGCUCUUCCUGGAUGUUUGUCAACUAGUGCCUCAUCGAAGUGCAAUGGUAACUACCGUCACUCCGCCAUAGACAAAUGGAGGUCACUCGGUGUUCAGAGGGUGAAACUAGAGCUAUAUAAAGGAAGCGUACCGGUAGCAUUUAUAAUAUUCGACGGCAAAGACACCGAGGCAACAAACUGGUUCAAUAGGAAAAAAGUACUGUCGUCUUCCUGGACGGAUAUACGGACUCGUGGUGACUUCUUCAGUUUUUUUGGCCGCAAGGACGAGCUUGUGAACAGACGUCUGUUUAUUAACAAGGCAUCAAGUUCAUGUAAAGAUGACGAAGGAUGGCUGAUUGUUGCGGAGUCAAAAGGAGAAUGUCCCUAUGAUACCAAUGCCAAAUACCCCGUCUUUCUCUUUUCCAGUCACUCUAAAGCAAGCCUCUAUGAAGAGUACGGACAAAAGGCGGAAAUACUAGCUAUUUAUUUGGAUGCAGAUGGCCUUAAACAACCUGUCAGACAAUAG